AGAAGAAAUAAGGAUGAAGAAGCAUAAUUCAGUCCAGGGAACCUUUAGCCGACUCUUUGGGAAAAAGCAUGCCAGCAACAAUUCCACCAGUUCUCUCUUUGCCACCAACCCUCCUUGGAUCUUCACGCAAGAGGUCAACUCUGACAGCCUGAAAACUUCAGGUGAAGUGGAUGGCAUUUAUUAUGGCGGUAAUCACUUUGCGUCAAUGACAGAUUCUGGAACAGCCACACUUAAACCACGUCCAAGAGUCCGCCCUCUGCUCACUUUCUUGCCUCUAGAUGCUCAAGAAACACAUGGGGUAGCUGUACCAACCCCAUCUGUUCCAGAAAGCUUUGAGGACAAGCUACCUGCAGGUUCUCAAAUUAAUGGCAGUUAUAGAAAGUACAAUUCAGUAAUUGACCUGAGGACAAAGGCAUUUGGGGAGGAUUAUUUGGAUGAUGAUUACAUUCCACCACCACCCUCAAUUCCUCCUCCUUCACCACCACCACUUUCAGUUGACCUACCACCAGUUUCAUCUUCUGUGGUAGUUCCACCUCCACCUUCUAUGGUAGCUCCACCUCCACCACCAAUGACUCCUCCACCUCCACCACCAAUGGCUCCUCCACCUCCACCUCCACCAGCAUUGCCAGCUCCAUGGCUUUCAUCAAUGGCUGCACCUUCAUUUCCAUAUUCCGAUGUCUCUUCUCCCAGUACUCCAACCCCACCAGACUUCAUUCCUCCUCCUCCUCCCCCUCCUCUUCCUGAUUUUAUGGAUACUGCAAUUUCUUCUAUUCCUCCAAUUUCACUACCAGUUCAUACACAACUCUUCUCAAAUGGUGUGUCCAAAUGGAAAUCAGAGACUGUUCUAAAUAUUCAUAAUCCUUCUCUCAAUUCUCCAGCAACACCUAUUCACAAGGAGUUACCACAGUUACCACAGUCCAUCCCAGACCCUCAUCUCACUUUUCCCAAAUCAUUAAAAGUACCCCCUCCUACUCCCAUGAGAACAUCAUCUAUUUUCUCAGGAGAUAAAGACUCCAGCCCCAAAAAACAUUUUCCUAGAAUGACACCUGACAGUCACAGUCCUCUGUUACCUACUGUACAAUCUGCUACCAUAGUUCACUCAGAGGCAGAAGCUAGAGCCAAAACUAAUACGGAAAAGCAUUCUGCUUUGGUCACAGAAUCUAAAACAUCAGAUUCCAAAAUCUGCCCACUGAAGAAACAACAGAAUUUAUCCUGGUCCACUGAAGAAAGAACAGAAUUUUCAUCUCCAGGUUAUUCAUCGUCUGAUGAUGAUAUUUGGAACGAACGUUGCAAUUUAGAUAAGUUGAAGAAUGAACUGUCAACCCUGCUGUUCUCAACUUGCAGAAAGGAAGACCGACCAACUGAAAAAAUUACAUUUUCCAAAUCUAAAGGUACAGAUAUUGAUAUCAACAAUGUUACUACAGAUGAAUUCAAACUAGUUAAGCAUGAUGUGAAAAAAACACGCUUAUCACAAAGAGCAGAGAAUGAAAAGAAAGAAAAGAAAUGUGCCAAUAAUUCUCCAACUAAAUCUUUCACCAAAGAUACUUUCUCAACUGCAGACAAAUUUCCGACCACUCAAGGAAAUUGUGCUAUGAAACUGAAAGAGGAGUUAGAAGCUUUAUUGUCUCCAGUCAAGGAAGGAGGCCCACCUUUCGCAAUUGCAAACCUGAGACAUAAUCCAGAAACAAGGAAACAAGUUACUCUUCAGUUUUCUGGCAAUAAGGUCAAUAAUGGUGAGUUGAAAUUUCCAACAGCAAAACUGGAAGGUACAGAGAAAGAACCAACGAUGCCUAGUGCUUCUGUCCACACAUGCAGGCCACCAGUUUCAUCUUUAAAAUCCAAAAGUGAACAUUUGGCUCCAGCUACAUCUUCCUCUUCUAAUUCUGAGACUACAUUACCCACACAAACUGCUUCUCCCAGCAAGGAUCUCUCUCUGCAAUAUAAGACUCAUAGGUCGAAAUCGGACUCUGUUGACAGCCUUGUCUCUGCAACUUCUUCCCAAGCUACAUAUGAUGGACUCAGCAGUUCAAGUAUUAAUGAAAAUCAAAGAGAUUUUACUGGGAACAUGCCCUCAACAACAGCCAAGCUAUCUAGGAAUGCAGAGCAACUGAGCAGUGAUGUUCUGUUUCAUCCUGUUACAGGAGAAAAAGUAGAAAAAGGCUCUCCAAUGGCUCUUCUUCUGGCUGCACAACUGCGGGCCAAUAGAGGCAAGUGUUCUGCUUCUGCCUCUCAAAAUAAUAGUUCUUUAUUGGAGAAACCUCAGCUCAAGUCGAACAAUAGCAGCCAAUCAGAGAAUGGGUUAUCCACCAUUUAUUAUAGCAAUUCAAAGCCCAAUACUAUUAAGGUUGUCCCAAAGUCCCCACACAAGGACUUAUUGGCAGAAUCUGAAAGUAAGCAGUGUAAUGGAUCAAGUGCAUCCAACAACAAUAUCAGGAGUUUGUCAGGACAAAGUGAAAAUAUGCCACAAAUAUUCUCCGAUGCUACUGAACAAUGCAGGAGUACACUGAAAUUCAGGGAGACAAACGAGUCUCAAAGUCUUUCAUCAAAUAAGUGUGAUUCUCCUAUUUUGCUUCAAAACUCAAACUCCAGUCACUUGAAGCAGCAAGAUCCACUGAGCAGAUCCGAAAUUCCUUUUCAUUUUUUUCCUCCACCCCAAAACCAUACAGUUAAAAAUGAUGAGGUGGAAGGAUUCAAUUAUGAAAUAAUUCCUCCACCACCAGAGUUCAGCAAUGAUACCUCUGAAAUCCCAAAGUUGUCUUCAGAUACUCAGAUCUCAGAUAUGCAACUUAACUUCAACAACUCAAGCUAUAACUAUGGCAACAGUUAUUCUCUGACAUCAGCAGUCCAAAGGCCAAGUGACUAUAGUCACCAUUAUCCAGGUGACAGCUAUACCUCCAAUUACCUUAGUAGCUGUUCCAAUAGCCGCCCCCUAAUUAAAAAACGCCUUUAUCUAUCAGAGACUGAUGACUUAUAUAGUAGGACAGCUAUGCCUGCUCGCAAUAUGAGCAUACCUAACUCCUAUGGCUACAACUCUUCAGCUGUGGAAGGUAUUCAUCGAGCAAAUUAUUCUCACAGAAAUAAUCCCAAUAGUACACAGGGCCGAAGGGUAUCCUUGGAAAUACCUGGAAAAAUUAUAACUUACAAUACUUCUGUCAAUGAUGUCCAGUAUAAAAGCCAAAAUGGAGACUAUUCCACCAACGCAAUCGCCUCUGGCAGGUCUUGCCACGUUAGUCCACAAUAUGGAACUCUAAAUACAUUCACUGUUAGGCCUGGAACAAGACAACCCAUUUCUUACUCCUACCAAGGCCUUCAUUAAGACCUUUCUGUCAGAAGCUCUGCAUCUGCACACAGCUUCGGCCAAGAUUGUUAUUACUCAACCUGGACCUCAUUCUUUUUUCUGUAUUAUAACUCACUUUUGUAUAGCUCUGUAGGGCCUGUAUCUUUUUGUAAACAUUAGUUUUAAGUUAUUCAGACAGUGUUAUGAAUGAGUCUUAUCAGUCUCUCUUGCUAACAAGCUUAUUUUGCAUUAUGUAAGAGUAGCUAUGUACAUGUCUUCAUUCUAGGGCACAUUUGACUAAUAGCUGUCUGCUUUGAAUAGGACAUGGAGUAAAUUUUACCUUACUAGCACCAUUUUUUGAACAUGCAUUGGUCAUUCAGGAAAAGCAACCAAAGAAGGAAGGCAGCAACAGAAAGGCGAAGCAGAGAAUCCAAGAUUCAAGAUGAAGAAAGCAGUUCAACAACCCAUUUAUGGCUACUCUAGAUCAGCCAUGCAUGGCCUAGAAAGGCAGCUGUUAGCUAGAAGAAAAUGACAGAUUUAUGGAAAAGGAAAGGAAGAGUUCAGAUGAAAAAAGGAUGAGCAAGACAGAAGGAUUAGAAGUUUGUGAUACUUGUAAUUUCAAUAGUGCUACCACCAAAGAAAAUUGACAGGAGCUUUUCUUAGCAGGGCAUCUCUAAUUUUUUGUUCACCACAUCAUUGCUAGAAUCCUUAAUAGAAAAAAAA